AUGCUGGAGACCAAACAUCCGAUAGACUUGUACAACAAUGUGCUGAAUACGAUUCACGAAUAUUCAAGAGCUUGGAGUAUACCGGCCGAGGAAAUGGAUAUCAUGUUCAUAGACGACCCUCUUUGCCUAAAGUUAAUUCCACAGGUGGAACCUCGCCUAUUGGAAUACUUCAAGCUCGAACCCAAGGGGUCCUUCAAAGCUGACAUUUGUCGGGUUGCAGCACUGCAUUUAUAUGGAGGCUACUACUUUGAUGUCGACAUUCAAGUCUUGAAAGCGCUACAGCCGAAUCCAGACACAGACUUUAUUACUUCGACUUGCGGCAACCAUCAAUUCUUCCAAGCAGUCAUGGCGUUGGCUCCCGAGCAUCCCUUGGCGAGAGCAACCCUAGACUCGAUGCUAGAUGACUGGUAUCAAAUACCUACCGUCAUGGAAUAUUUCUCCAACAGGUCCCUAAACGCGAACUUUUCUAUGGGGGAGGAAUACAUUAAAAAGCGAGAAGAGUAUCUGGGUCGGUUUUUCAACAUGUCGCAUGAAAUCAAGCCCAUGCUCGGUACUGCUACUUUGCGUUUGGCGUACGAUCGUCACAGGAAGUCAGUGACUCCAUGGAUUCUGGAUGAACUUGAUAACGCGGACAAUACCUUGUACCCAGAGUUGAAACGAGAAGAUACGGGAUGGGGAUGUAACUACAUGGUCCACGAUGGUUCUAAGAUGGAACCAUAUUUCUAUUCAAGAUGCAUGGGGACAGAAGGGUGCCCACAUUCCAAGCCAUGGGCGAUGCCUAUGAAACGUGGCACGUUGUUGGUUUUCCUUCUGUGCCUGCUACUAAUGGUCUGGUUGUCCCUUGCCUUGAGUCAGCUGCCAAAGCUUCCACCAGUGGGAAACGGAGCGAAGAAGUACUACUAG